CCCCCCAGGGUACUACUUCCGUGCGGGCACAGGCGUCGGCAGGAGCAAGUGGCACAUCUACCUGCCGCAAGGCGCAUGGUGCAGCACUCCAGCCGAGUGUGUUGCCAGGAGCAAGAUAAAUCGCGGAAGCAGCACGUUCUUCCCUCAAGUGCCCAGCAAGAAGCAUCCCCUCUUUCCUGGGUUCACAGGCAUGUUCAGUAGCAGCAGCCGCAUCAACCCACCCUUCCAUGAUUGGAACACCGUUCGUUUUAUCUACUGCGAUGGGGGUGGCUACUUGGGAACGGUUGGGAGGUUGGAGGUUGGGAACGGCAGUGUGCUUUACCUGGAUGGGUGGAAUAUCAUCCAAGCAGUGAUUGAGGAUCUCAAGUCAAGGCGCGGAAUCCAAUCUGCAACGCACAUCAUCCUCUCGGGCUCCUCAGCGGGCGGCCAAGCAGCUCUUGCUCUCUGCGAUCGCAUCGCUGCCGCCUUCCCCCACGCGACAACCAAACUCCAAGGACCGAGAGGGGGGCAACACGUGGCGUGGCACUAUCAAGAACAUGGUUGCUCUGCACAAACCCACCUGGCCUGCUUGCCAAGAUG